AUUGUCGCCGCGGGACUUUUCUCAAUGGUUCAGGGAGCGAUAGAUAGUGUGGCCGUCCAUCCAAUAAACCUCCGCUCUCCCCUCCCCACCCCUGCGGUGCUCCCGGUUCUGACACAAGAGACAAAAACCGCGGAGAGGACUAUGAAUGGUAAAGCACCGAGGAGGCAGAGGGAGAGCAAAAAGGAGGCGGUGAGCCUUUGUAGUCGGGGAGGAAUGCGGAAAUGUCCCCGCUCCGUGUCAAACCUCUCUGAAGGGGGUCAGGCCACAUUCAGCCGGCGUGGGAAAGCCAGGCAGAGACGGAGCUCACACAGGCAAGCGGGGCUGCAGUUGCAUAGGCCUAUCCGGGGAUAUAUGGAAAAAAGAGAAGAAGAAAGAAAGAAGAAAACCCAAAGAAGAGCGUGGUUUUGGAGGGGUAGCCUAUAUCACGCGUUUGCCUUUGUUCUGUGACCCCCUACCCCCCAUCUCCACCCCCCACCAUCCCAAAAAAAAAAAAAAAAAAAAAAAGUUGAAGCAUUGCAUGUGCCAACUCUUUUCUGUGAGUAUGCCUUUGUGAGAAACUCUGGCUCGUCACCCUCGCCGGGAUUCCCCGUAAUAUUUUCAACAAGAGAGGACAUAAAAAGACACAUCUGCAAAAAUGGACAAAGAAAGUAUUAGUACUCAGUAUGAGCCUGUGGCCGAGAUUGGAGAAGGCGCGUACGGGAAAGUGUACAAGGCGAGAGAUUUGAAGAACGGGGGACGUUUUGUCGCCCUAAAAAGAGUUCGGGUCCAGACGGAGGAGGAAGGGAUGCCUCUCUCCACCAUCCGGGAGGUGGCGGUACUGAGGCAGCUUGAAGCCUUCGAGCACCCCAAUGUUGUCAGGUUGUUUGAUGUAUGUACUGUGUCUCGGACUGACCGUGAGACCAAACUCACCCUGGUCUUUGAGCAUGUGGACCAGGACCUGACCACCUACCUAGAGAAAGCCCCUGACCCUGGAGUGCCGCCUGAAACCAUCAAGGAUAUGAUGUACCAGUUGCUCCAGGGGCUGGACUUCCUGCACUCGCACCGCGUGGUUCACCGUGACCUGAAGCCCCAGAAUAUCCUGGUCACCAGCGGAGGACAGAUCAAGCUGGCCGACUUCGGCCUCGCCCGCAUCUACAGCUUCCAGAUGGCGCUCACCUCUGUGGUGGUGACACUGUGGUACCGAGCCCCAGAGGUACUGCUACAGUCCAGUUAUGCCACACCGGUAGACCUGUGGAGCGUCGGCUGCAUCUUCGCCGAAAUGUUCAGAAGAAGACCUCUGUUUCGAGGAAACUCAGAUGUUGAUCAGCUGGGGAAAAUUUUUGAUGUUGUUGGAGUACCUUCAGCCGAAGACUGGCCCCAGGAGGUUGCCCUACCACAGAGUGCCUUCACCCCCCGGCCCCCUAAGCCAAUAGAAGACUUGGUUCCAGAUAUGGAUGAGCAAGGAAAGUCCCUUCUGUUGCAAUUCCUGGCCUUCAACCCUUCCAGAAGGAUAUCGGCCUUUGCUGCGCUGACCCACCCUUACUUCCACAGCAUAGACAGCCACAGUAGAAGUGUGUACGCAGCCCAACCCAUCCCCAGCAACAAGUCCACUAUGGAGGAGAGGGCUGCCUGAAAGUCCCCUUCAACCCUAAUCACCCCAUGCAAAGGUCUAAGAAAGGACUAAGAGUGAGAGGGUGAACGGAGCAGACGGAAAGAGAAUAAGAGAUAGAGACUAUGCCCACCCUCCCCUAAAAAGAAUGCACAAAAGCUAUCUUCCUUCCAUGAACUGAUGGAUUGUAAUUGCUGCUUUUAGUCUGUUAAGUCCAAUAUAUGCUUCUGCGUAGAAUCUACGCUAUAGGUACAGUGUAGCUGUGUACCAUAUGCCGUAGGUUACGCUGUAGCCUGACGUACACCUCUCCAAAAAUGUACUCACACGUCAUGGCGAUGCAGGCCGCAACAACUGUGAUUGGUCAGCUUGGUAGCAUCGCAUUUCCUCCAACGCAUUUCCAGCUGCUGCUUCUUCUUCAUCUCUUCUUCUUCACCAUCCAGCUAGGUAAACCAUGGACCAAAUGAAGAGGAAAUUAAAUGAGCAUGUUCGCAAACAUGAACAUUUGUACGGCUCAACUUCACAACAUUUUGUUGCAUGGAUUUCAGUAAAAGCAACUGUUCUUCAACAUUUACUAGCUCCAACUCCGACUGUUCUUCAACAUUUAUGAGUUCCAACUCCGACAUGAUCCACGCAGUUACAGUUGCCAUUGCUUGAAGUGCAGGAAGACAUUUCUGCUCCUGUCUACGAGAAACUCAACACGGUAGCAUGGAAACCCUACCACCAACUAGCAGCAUGGUGGUGUAAUUGCAGAGUGAUGCAGACAUACCAGCGCACAAGUAUAAAUGUUCUCAACAGUGUAGGCCACUUGCGUACACUAUGGUGUAGGCUCUGCGUAGAUUCUACGCAGAAGCAUGAAUUGGCCUUUAAAUGUCGACGAUUGAUUGACUAUGUAAACAAUGCAAAGAGACACAGAAUGACUGGUAGUGGUGGAUGGAUGGACUCGAGAGGCCGUGAAACAGAGGCCUCUAUGUGACCAGUGUUCAGCUAGGCAAGAGCCUGUUGAUGGUGGGCCGGAUCAGCCAAGAGCCUGGGUGGUCAGCAUGGAUCUCGCCUGCAUUUAUGUUUACCAUGGGUGCGUGUACAAAGACUUGUGUGCACAUACAGUACAAGCACGGCAGAUAUGUACACAACAUUUAGUGCAUGCACUAGCAUAAACAUACUAGUCUACACACACACACACGCACGCACACACGCACACACACACACACACACACACGCACACACACACACACACACACACACACACACCACACGCACACACACACACACCACACGCACACACACACACACACACACACACACCAAUAGAAACAUCUUAAGGCAUCAGAAGCCAGCCACACACUGCCAAGUCAUGACUUAUCAUUCCAGUUCUACUCAUAUUUUAUCACUGCCACCUUCAGGAUAUCCUGAGUAACUGCAGACCAGUAGCAGGAUUCUAAUGGUUCUGCAGCUCUGAAGACUUUUAAUAUAGAGUCCAGCUUCCAAUAAGAGGAGACUGCUUCAUUAUGGGCUGGUAUCAGUGUUGACACAAUGAUGAAAGAUAACAGGCCUCAGAAUUUGGUAUCACUCACAUGGUGCUUAUCACUUGCUUUUAAGCGGCUCUCAUGUGCAUUUAGCAUUAUUAAAUAUGAAUAUUAUUUACUAUCCUGAUGAUAUAAUACACAGGAUUAAGAUGUAGAGGUAAGGCUGGCUUUACAAGGUGCAAAUGAAAUGCAACUGGACUUUUUUGCCAUGUUAAAGACCCAACUAAUAAAAAUCAUGAAUUGUAUUUGCAUCAUCAUUUGGAAUGUUCCACAUGAGUUUGAUGACAUUUUAAUGGCAAAAGUUUCUUUUGCAACCUGCAACUAAAUGACAUAUAAGUUACACUGUGUAAAGCCAGCCUAAAACACUCACCAGCACUAUUGAACAUUAAAGUACAUUUGACACAGAAUUGUGUCACCAAUAUUGUGUAUUUAAUUUUAAAUUUUAUUGACAGGUCUUAGUUGCUUGUUCUCAUCCAAGUGUUACUUGAUUUUAAAGAUGCUGGGGCAAAAAAAUAUUGAUAACACUUUAUUUUAGGGUAUACUUAGUAGCCAUCAAUUAGUUGUUUAUUAUUGUAAAUAUUAGUAAUUUCUUGGGUCUAUAUUAAUUAUUAAUUAUUAUUAAUCACUUAUUAACUUCUCAUUUUGCAUGCCUUGCACACACCAUAAGCUAAUAGGAGCCCAUUAUUAAUGGUCAGUUGUUACACCUGAAUUAAACUCUUUAUAUUGGCUCAGCAUGGGGCUAGUAAGGAACUAAUUGGACAACAAAAGUUGCUCUCUCCUGUGCUAAGACUCAAUUAUUCAAUUUAAUUCAUGUCUUUACACAGAAGCGUAGAUGUUAACUGUUUCCAGUUACCUACAAAUACUGGUGUGUCAUCACGCAGAAUUUAGUUCUCAUUUUCCAAUCUAAACCCCUCCUUACUAGCCUUAUACUGAGCAGGUUAAAAUCAGAUGUAACUACUUACUUACUAUCCAUUUGUAAGCAUUAAUUAUGGGCACUUAGUUAAUGUGUACAAAAUGUGGAGCUAAUAGAUAGUUAAUAAUGAUUAAUACAAACCUAGUAAGUUAUUAAUACUCACCUUAAUAAACAACUAAUUAAUGGUGAAUAGGUGAACCAUAAAAUGGAGUGUUACCAAAUUAUUUUAUACCAAUUACACCAAGUCUUUUGGAUGAUUAUAGAAUCUGUGCGAGGAAAGUUUGACAGAAUAAGGAAUGUACAAAGGAGCGGCAUUGGUACUGUACAGUAUAUAGUGCUAACUAAAUACAAGCUGUAAUGAUAGAUAGCUUGGAGUUUGAUACGUGCAUUAUGAGUUCAUAGACAUGUCGUAGUAACGGGUAGAAGUAGAGUAGCGAUGGUCAGUGAAAUGUUGUCAGGCAAGAGUAUUUUGUCUAUUGGAAAUGUUGAGGCAGGGCAGUUGGAUUCCGUGGGUAUUGAACAGAAAAUUUGCUUUAUUUUGGAUCAAGAAUGACUCUGAAAUUUACUGUGGUUUUAAUAAUGAAAUGCACAAAUAUUUUGUGUAGUUUUUUUUUUUUUUUUUUUUUUUUUUUUUUACAGUGACAUCACUUUUAACUUUUGUCAAAGCAAGUCAGCAAAGGGGAGUUGUAUUUUUGUGUGUAGUAUUUCUUGCAGAACAGUAACAUACUUAACACUGGUUUACUUUUUCUUAACAGGUAGUGCUGCUAGCACACACACACACACACACUCACUCACUUUCUCAGGUUCUUGGUAUGGAUGUCCGAGCCUUCCGGACACAGUUUGCACAUCCUUGGGUUUCUAACUGACUACAUCCCAACUCCUUCAGGUUUUCUUUCACGCUGUCCCAUGGUCAUGUCAUUGGUCAUAGUCUACUGUCAUAGCCUAUUUAUCAAAUAAAUGUUACUGAGAAGUCAUUACUGUCUGAAGAUAACUGCCUGUAUCUGUCUUCACCAUGGAAGCAACUGUUGUCAUUGCUGGGAGACAAAUACACAAAAUAUAAUCACAGACGAUUAUCAGCUCAACUAAGCACUGUGUGAAUUUUCUCUUCAAAUGAGGACAACUUGUAUCUGUUGUCAGUGGUGCAUACAAUGCAAUCUCAAAGUACUAUAGUUAAGCGUAAAAGUUUGUAUUGGGAGAGAGAGGUUUAUAGUCCUAAUCAUAAACUUACUAUUGUAGUCUCCAUAGACUUGAAACAAUCACUGUACACCCAGGUAUGCUUUUCUUAUCAUCACUUAACUGGUUUGAAAUUUCAUCCAUUUGAGUCUCAGUACGAGAGACCAAAGUCCACUGUAGAGCUUUUAGAAGUUUCACCUUUUUGAAACCAACUAAGCUUCAUAUACACCAUAUAUAAUUCAAGUUACACAUAUGCGUCUGUGUCACAUUUGUGUUUAGCCUAUGAAUUACAGACAGUCUAGGAACAAUACUGAAAACUAGGCAGCGUAUUCUACAGUGUAUUUUGCAUACUUUACACAAAAGAAUGAAAGUAAAGGCAACAAAUUAGAAGAAUACGUCACUGAUGCAGGUUUUGUAUUGGAUGUCCAGAAUUCAGUAAUUUUACACACAACCAUGGCAUUAUGCUUUCAUAUGAAUGCAGGCAUCGGUGGCUUGUUUUGUGUUGUACCAGUUGAAUAAAAAGCAGCUUUGUAAA